UAUAUUAUGUCUACUUGUCUAACUUACUUUCCUAUAUGUUUUUGGUAUGCUAAAUUAUUGAACAUUCCACAUCCUGAACUCUGCAAAAAUGUACGUUCAUGGUGGCACAAGGAAAUAGACUUACUUUAUCAGGAGGGUCAUGUAGGUCAUGUGGUCAUGCAUUUCAGAAUGGUGACAUUGAGUCUGCCUUAGUUUUCCAAGAACACUACAGCAUUCAUUACACGGUGACAGGUAUUGUGGCUGUUAGUCUAUGCUUUGGCUUUAUGGGUAAUACAUCAGUUAUCCUUUAUUUUAUAUAUGAAUGUUUCUGAUUGAUGAAGAUGAAGGUUGUGUAUACAAUACACCGUUUCUCUUGGAAGCAUCAGUUUGCUCUUCUCAUGCUUAUGUUAGAACAUUGAAUAUAAGAAACAGGUCUUAUGUUUUAUGUGAAGAAAAUUUUAGAUCAGUGUAUCAUAAUCAAGAAGCGACCUAUGUAUCUUGCGUAUUUGUCUUUUGUUGGUCCUGAGGCUUAACAUCAGGAGCAUAAACUAUUACAAGUUACUGGAAUUUAUCUGCCAUUAGUCAUUCAAAAAGUUAAUAGAUUAAUUUAUUUAUUUAAAAAAAAAAAAAAAGGAAGACGACUUGAGCAAUUUGCAGUUUCGAUUGGUGUGACCAGCUACUUUAGAUUUUUUUUAUUUGCUGUGUGUUUCCAGCGUUCCAUUUUUCUAGUUUGGGUGGUAGCAUUUCAUAUACUAGAUUUAAUGUCAUUAUGUAGUUCAAAUUUGCCAUGUUUUUGUCCUGUGAUAGUGUGAGGUUAAUUCUGAUUUGUUUUUUUCCCGUCCAACUGGGUCCAGGUCCGACAAUAUACUUUUCACCGUAGCUAUCCAAUCAUUUUGCUUUUUAAAAGGUUGACCGCUCAACCUUUUUUUGCCCCUUGUUUUUUGGUUAAUUAUUGAAUUGUGAGACCAUAUCCUCUAAUUGUAACAAUUUUUAGAUAUAAGUUGCAAUAAUAUCUACACGUGGAUCACGAUGUCCAUCCAACAUCAUUGCUGACCACUAACAAUUCAUUAUUCUAUAAUUAAAGAGUCAAUGAGUCCCCGGGCAGAUGGUGCAGUGCCUCUUCAAUUAUCUAAGUAUCGGAGUAUUAGAGUCUUAAUUUUGGUGAAUUAUUGAAUAUAUAUUUUUUUAAUGGAUGGCCGAUCUACAAAUGUUGGGUUGAUGGAUCCUUUCCAAUUUAGGAUACCUGCCAAUUAAAAUUUGAAAAAAAAAAAAUCAAUGAGGGUUGUAAAGUCUGUCGCUGGUCCAAGAGAAAACUGAAUCACAGCGCUCAAUCCCUAGCUCCAUCGGGCCUCAUUAUUGUGUGUGUAGGAGAUUAUAAGGGAUCAUGAGCUGCAUCAUGUGUCUCGUAUAGGUGCGAGCGAAUUGGUCUACAGAUCGAGCUCUAGUAUGGCGUCUAUCAAUGGCCAGCAGCAGCAGCAGCAGCAGCAGAAUUCCAGUCCGAGUCCAAACUCUCACCACGUCAACAAUCCUGUGUUCGACGAACUCCGGUGGGUGAUCCAGAUUCGGCACUCGCUGGAGGACGUCGACGACAGCGACGACGUCGGCAUCCCGGUGUCGGUGUUCAACGUCCCCAAGAGCCUGCAGGUGACGAAGCCGGAGGCAUACAUCCCCCAGCUCAUCGCCCUCGGCCCCUACCACCACUGGCGACCCGAACUGUACGAGAUGGAGCGCUACAAGCUCGCUGCCGUCCGGCGCACCAAGAAGCAGUUCCACACCAUCAAGCUCCACCACCUCGUCCAGCAAUUCACCAAGCUCGAGCACAAGAUCCGCGCCCACUACCACCGGUAUCUCGAUCUCAGCGGCGAGACCUUGGCGUGGAUGAUGGCGGUGGACGCCUCGUUCUUGCUCGAGUUCCUCCAAGUCUACGCCGCUGUGGAGGACGGUGGUGGUCAAGCUUUGAGGCGACUGUCGUCGAGGAUGUCGCAUUUGGUGGACUACACGGGGAGGAAGUCCGCCCACAACGUCAUUCUUCGCGACAUCAUGAUGCUGGAGAACCAGAUCCCCCUCUUCCUCCUGCGGAACAUCUUGGAGUCGCAGUCGCCGUCCGCCGAGGCAUCCGACGAGACGCUGGCCAAGAUGCUCGGCGGUUUGCUCAAGGAGCUCUCCCCCUUCAAGCUGUUGGAUAUCUUCCCCUGCGGCAUCGACCUCAAGCAGCACUCCCACUUGCUGGAACUUCUCUACUACGUCAUUGUCCCGCAGUCCGACGACCAAUCCGAAGAAAACGAGAUCGAGGAAGUCAACGACGAGACGCCGCCGCCGUCGAAAGGGCAACCGCGAAAAGGGGGCAGCUCCGAUGGCGGCUACAUGAAACAACUGUACCACGCCGUGGUGGGCAUCGGAUCAGGGCUCACUGUAGCCCCGAUUCAGUUCGUCCGAGGCGUCGUGACCUCAAGGCCGGUCAAGUUGGUGGCGCUGGUUCCGUGGAAGAUCCUCACCAGCCUUCCUGGCUUCUCCAUCCUGAAGCAACCGUUUGAGUCCUUUUGCAGUUCCGCGCUGCAAGGACAAGAUAGGGAUCAGAUCCCUCAAGCAUUAAUCAACGGAAGCAGCUCCAGCAACAGUAACAAGCCGCCUCUGGUGGAGGAGAUCAUGAUCCCCUCCGUGACGGAUCUGGUCAGCUCCGGCGUGAAGUUCUCUCCCACCACCGGCGACUUGUCGACCAUCGCGUUCAACACGAACACGGCGACGUUCUACCUCCCCGCCGUCUGCUUGGACGUGAACACCGAGGUCAUCCUGCGGAAUCUGGUGGCGUACGAGGCGUCGGCGGCGAUGGGGCCGCUGGUGUUCACCAGGUACACCGAGCUGAUGAACGGCAUCAUCGACACCGAGGAGGACGUGCGGCUGCUCCGGGAACAGAGGGUGGUGGCGAACCGGAUGAAGAGCGACGGACAGGUGGCGUCGCUGUGGAACGGGAUGAGCCGUUCGGUGAGGCUGACGAGGGUGCCGUUCAUGGACAAACUCAUCGAGGACGUGAACAAGUACCACAACAGCAGGUGGAGAGUGAAGACGGGAAAGUUCAUGAAGAAGUACGUGUUCGGUUCAUGGCAGUUCUUGACGUUCGUGGCCGCCAUUCUCCUGCUCCUCCUCACAGCUCUGCAAGCAUUCUGUUCGGUCUACACUUGCUCCCGUUGGUUUGGGGUCGUCGACGUCCAGAAACAUUGAGAUAUAUCGUUAAAACAGUAAGUAAUUACUUCAUGAGAUCGUAGUGAUCGAGCAUAUUUCUUGGCAUUAAUUAUUUUGGGGUUUAGGGUUAUUGAGCUGUGUGUAUAUCUAUCCAUAUAUCUGCACCUCUUUUCCUUCUUCCAAAUUACAGAUGUUUUAUUGUUUAUUGUUUUUCCUACGAGAGAAAAAAAACGUGUAUUUGUUGUUGUCAAUGUUUCAAAAACCUCUUGAUUUGAUUUUUGUAUAUGUACUGAAUGAUAUGCU